UCUUUCCACAUGAAGCGGUCGGUGUGGAUCUCGAUUGCGCUGCUGCUGGUCGUACUGGCGUCGUCGCUCGUGUGGCCUGCGGCGGCAUGGCUCAACUCGAAAGACAUCGACUACGAGGCUGUCGAGAAGGCGUGGGAGACAGGCGACAUGGACGAAGAGCUCAAGCCCGAGGUCGAUUUGAUGCACAAGCGUCGGCAGGCCGAAGAACGGCAGAAGCGACCGAAUUUUGUCGGCGACGUCGGGAUUCCGCAGACGAUGCUCAUUCUCUUCAAGGACUCGGCGCUGCCCGACUUUGUGCGUUUGUAUCCUGAAAUUCCCGACCCGACGCACGCGAUUGCCGAAAUGUGGAAAUCGAUGCUCUUCAACGGCGGCAUUGAAGCCGAGUUUUUCGAACUCAACGAAACACCGGACAAGCUCCUCGUGAAGGUGCAGCGCGGCUGGCUCGCCGAAGACUUGGUCGACUUUCUUGUCAACCAAGAGCAGGUCAAAGAAGUGCUUUGGGACUACGAGACGUACUACCCUCCGGGCACGGACGAAGCGGCCAUGGAAAAAGAGAAGGAGCGACUUCGACAAGAAGCCAUGGCCAAAGAAAAGCUCAAGCAGAAGAAGAGAAAGAAGAAGACCGCCAAGACCGAGUUGUGAGGCACCUGAGAUAUGGUCCAUUCGACGAGAACAAUGAUGAUGAUGAUAUAUGCGUCCCUAUAAGCUCAAUGUUAUCGACUACGACUACACUACACUACUGUAAACCUGUUAACAUCUCGCCACCCCGUCUCAC